CAAACCGGGUCCAAGGCUCUGUACUUGUUUCCCUAAUUUCGAUCCAAAUCAACGCCCUCUACUUCAUUUUCCCCAGACGAUUAUCCACUGCCUACUGAUAUCUCUUCCUCGAAGAUUCCGCAGCGUUUCAAUCUCACUGCUCCCUUCGAUUCCUUCACUUCCCGAACAACAAAUGCCUCUGAAGCAGAGAGAACCGCCCAAGUCCCAUUACAAAAUGGAUAUCGAGCUGGAUAGGCUCGGCAGUCUACCAUGUCAUAUUAUAGAUCAGAUUUUGCAGCAUUUGCCUAUAAAGGAGGCGGUGAGGACGAGUGUUUUGUCCACCAAAUGGAGGUAUAAAUGGUCUACGCUCGGGCAUCUUGUGUUUGAUCAUCAUUGUGUCUCUAAUCGGCUCAAUACUACUUUUGUGAACAUUGUGGAUCAUGUGCUCUUACUUCACACUGGUCCCAUACACAAGUUCAAGCUUUCGAAUCGAGAGUUUUCUGGCACUACCGACGUUGACCGCUGGAUUCGUUAUCUCUCGAGAAGCUCUGUGAAGGAAUUUGUGCUUGAGAUUUGGAAAGGGCCUCGCUACCCAAUGCCUUCGUGUUUGUUUUCUCUACAAGAGAUUACUCACUUGGAGGUGUUUAAUUGUUCGCUGAAACCACCCUCGUCAUUCAAGGGCUUUAGGUGUUUGAAGAGCUUGGAUAUUCAGCAUGUUACAGUGGCCCAAGGUGUGUUUGAGAAUCUGAUACUUAGCUGUCCUCUGCUUGAGAGAUUGAGCUUGAUGAACUUUGAGGGUAUCACUGAACUCAACAUUGAUGCUCCUAACCUCCAAUUCUUUGACACUGGAGGUGCUUUUGAGGAUGUUAAUUUUAUGAACACCUUGAAUCUUACUGUUGUUUCUAUUGCUUUAUACGAGCAUGCACUCGAUCACCAGAGACGGUCUCCUCGUAAUUCUGGCAAUCUGGUCAAGUUUUUUUCUCAGCUACCUCAUGUUCAGAGGCUUGAAAUUCAGAGUCGCUUUCUAAAGUAUUUGGCUGCUGGUAUUGUGUCAGGAAAGCUGCCUAAACCAUGUUUAGAUCUGAAUUUCCUUUCAAUACGCAUCAACUUCAGUGAUUGGGAGGAGCUUUUAACUGCUGUAAGCAUUCUGAGAAGCUCCCCUUCUCUGCAAGAGCUUGAGCUUUUGGUCCGCCCAAAUGAACAGCCUACUGCUGGAAGAACUAAGUUAUGCCUAGACGAUAACUGCGAUUGUCCAUUUUCCCGACUACGACUUGUCAGAAUAAAUGGCAUCUCCGAUACCCAAAAUGAGGUAGAUCUCAUCGAACUUUUACUUUCUAAUUCACCCAUGCUUGAGCAGAUGACUGUUAAGCCUGCUUCUGGCGACUGUGGUUGGGAGCUGGUAAAGAAGUUGCUCCAAUUUAAGCGGGCCUCAGCCAAUGCCAAGAUAUUUUACUUGGAGCCAUGAUUCAUCAGUUAAUUUAGCACCCAGGAGUCCUUGCCUGCAGGAUGAACAUGGAUAGAAGUCUUUGUGAUGUAGGUCAUUUUGUUUCCUGAACAAUGUGUAUAUACCAAGCAGUAAUCUCUCUAUGGUAUUUGUAAACUCAGAUGUGCCUUCACUUGGCAUUAACAUGCAUGAUGCACACGUUUUUGUGAUGGAAUUCGCAACUCUAAUAUGCUUGACUA